GCUUCCCGCGGGCGCGCGGAGUGACGACGGUGACAGCCACGCGCGCGCGUACGCGCCUGACUGCCGCGCGGCCCCGCAACCCCAGUCGGCCACUGAGAGGCGCGCGGAGUCUGGGCCGCUGCGGUCUAGGGUUCCAGUCCCGAGGCAUUCCCGGCAUCUUUGGCCCCAAUCCCGGAGUGCCAGGUCGCGCCUGCACGGACGAUCUCGGUUCCCUUGCCCUCCCUGCCGCCGUCAGGGACCGCCCCUCAACUCCCCUUUCCGCCCGGGCAGGGUCCUCGCGGCCCAUGCUGGCCGCUGGGGACCCACGCAGCCCAGACCGUUCCCGGGCCGGCCAGCCGGCCACCAUGGUGGCCCUGAGGCCUGUGCAGCAACUCCAGGGGGGCUAAAAGGCUCAGAGUGCAGGCCUUGGGGCGCGAGGGUCCCGGGCUUGAGCCCCGCGCCAUGGCCGGGGCCAUCGCUUCCCGCAUGAGCUUCAGCUCUCUCAAGAGGAAGCAACCCAAGACGUUCACCGUGCGGAUCGUCACCAUGGACGCCGAGAUGGAGUUCAAUUGCGAGAUGAAGUGGAAAGGGAAGGACCUAUUUGAUUUGGUGUGCCGGACGCUGGGGCUUCGAGAAACCUGGUUCUUUGGACUGCAGUAUACAAUCAAGGACACAGUGGCCUGGCUCAAAAUGGACAAGAAGGUGCUGGAGCAUGAUGUUUCAAAGGAAGAACCAGUCACCUUUCACUUCCUGGCCAAAUUUUAUCCUGAGAAUGCCGAAGAGGAGCUGGUUCAGGAGAUCACACAGCAUUUAUUCUUCUUGCAGGUAAAGAAGCAGAUUUUAGAUGAAAAGAUCUACUGCCCUCCCGAGGCUUCUGUGCUCCUGGCUUCUUACGCCGUCCAGGCCAAGUAUGGUGACUACGACCCCACUGUUCACAAGCGGGGAUUUUUGGCCCAAGAGGAAUUGCUUCCAAAAAGGGUAAUAAAUCUGUAUCAGAUGACUCCAGAAAUGUGGGAAGAGAGAAUUACUGCCUGGUACGCAGAGCACCGAGGCCGAGCCAGGGAUGAAGCUGAAAUGGAAUAUCUGAAGAUAGCUCAGGACCUGGAGAUGUAUGGUGUGAACUACUUUGCCAUCCGGAAUAAAAAGGGCACAGAGCUGCUGCUUGGAGUAGAUGCCCUGGGGCUUCACAUCUAUGACCCCGAGAACAGGCUGACCCCCAAGAUCUCCUUCCCGUGGAAUGAAAUCCGAAACAUCUCAUACAGUGACAAGGAGUUUACUAUUAAACCACUGGAUAAGAAAAUCGAUGUCUUCAAGUUUAACUCCUCAAAGCUUCGUGUUAAUAAGCUGAUUCUCCAGCUAUGUAUCGGGAACCAUGAUCUAUUUAUGAGGAGAAGGAAAGCCGAUUCUUUGGAAGUUCAGCAGAUGAAAGCCCAGGCCAGGGAGGAGAAGGCUAGAAAGCAGAUGGAGCGGCAGCGCCUCGCUCGAGAGAAGCAGAUGAGGGAGGAGGCUGAACGCACAAGGGAUGAGCUGGAGAGGAGGCUGCUGCAGCUGAAAGAAGAAGCAACAAUGGCCAACGAAGCGCUGAUGCGGUCCGAGGAGACGGCCGACCUGUUGGCCGAAAAGGCCCAGAUCACCGAGGAGGAGGCAAAACUUCUGGCCCAGAAGGCUGCAGAGGCCGAGCAGGAGAUGCAGCGCAUCAAGGCCACAGCCAUUCGCACGGAGGAAGAAAAGCGCCUGAUGGAGCAGAAGGUGCUGGAGGCCGAGGUGUUGGCGCUGAAGAUGGCUGAGGAGUCAGAAAGGAGGGCCAAAGAGGCCGAUCAGCUGAAGCAGGACCUGCAGGAAGCGCGUGAGGCGGAGCGAAGAGCCAAGCAAAAGCUCCUGGAGAUUGCCACCAAGCCCACGUACCCGCCCAUGAACCCAAUUCCAGCACCGUUGCCUCCUGACAUACCAAGCUUCAACCUCAUUGCUGACAGCCUGUCUUUCGACUUCAAGGAUACUGACAUGAAGCGGCUUUCCAUGGAGAUAGAGAAAGAAAAAGUGGAAUACAUGGAAAAGAGCAAGCAUCUACAGGAGCAGCUCAAUGAACUCAAGACAGAAAUCGAGGCUUUGAAACUGAAAGAGAGGGAGACGGCCCUGGAUAUUCUGCACAACGAGAACUCCGACAGGGGCGGCAGCAGCAAGCACAAUACGAUUAAAAAGCCUCAAGCCCAAGGCAGAAGACCUAUCUGCAUUUGAGCCCUCAAAGUAGGUUGUUCCCAGCUCACCUUGCAGAGCGCCAAGUCCCGAGUGGCCUUCUUUGAAGAGCUCUAGCAGGUGAUCCAGCCACCCUAGGACCUGCCACUUCUGCUCCCGGCACCGCCCGAUGGACCAGACACCGAGAGAGCCAUCCGUAGGGAGCUGGCUGGGGGUUUCCAUGGAAGCUCCAGAAAUUUCCCCAGCUGAAUGAAGAGCCCAGCCCCUCUUAUGUGCAAUUGCCUUGAACUACAACCCUGUAGAGAUUUCUCUCACGGUGUUCUAGUUCUCUGACUUGAGUCUUUGUUUUAAGAAGUGUUUGUCUUCCUUUGUCUAAUG